AUGCUCAAACAACACAGAUCAUGCCACUCUUUUGCCCGCAAGAUUUUCAAGGUCAUAUUGGGUCCUUGUCUCAAUCGAACAACAACUACUCCAUCCUCCCAACAAUUUUUCUUGUUCGGAAAUGUUUCAUUCCACAACCAUGAACCACAACACCGAGAAUUCCAUAAAUGCAUAGUCUUUUAUCAAACGGAAAAGAAGUCUCCUGAACUCGAAAUGGCAGAUCUUAGAACGCAAAUAGUUGAAGCCUUUGAACAACAAAGUUACGCUCUAGCAGCAACCAUUUCUUCGAAAUUGAUUCAAAGAUUAACUACAAUGACUUCUGAACACUCUCUCUCAGCACAAGACAAGAAAACUCUCGUGUUUGCCUAUCUAGCUCGCGGUUGGGUUCAAAAUUCUAUCGAAGAUUUAAGUAAAUCCAUUGAACUCAAUCCUCUCUUGGUUAAUGGUUAUUACUUUAGAGCACGUGUCUAUCUCACCCUGAAUCAAAUGGAUAAAGCCUUCCAAGACAUUGAAACAUGCCUUUCACUGAAUCCAGAUUGUACUGAGGCCUAUUUAACAAGAGCCUUCAUUUACGAACAAGGUCAAGAUUAUGAAAAGGCAAUUGAAGAUUAUGAGAGAAUCAUACACAUACAUCCACGAGUACGACAAGAUCCACAGAUAUUGGACCGAUUAGCUGGUUUGUAUUGGAGAGUGGCGCGUGCAUCAUUGGAUGUAAAUAUAGACCAGUGGCAUACCAAUCUUGAAAAGGGUAAUCAACUCUGUAUAGAGACCAUUGAAAUAUUGUCGAAUCGUAUUGAAAAUCAUUCUGAUACCAACUUCACAGUGGGAUCAUUGGGUCAUGGUCGUCAUUUUGGCGUUGUUGCUCUUGAUGGCACUCUCAUUGAUAACAACACGAGUCAUGACGCUCCAUUACACUCUGCUGAGAAAUGUCAUCGAAUUCGACUAUGCUCGAAUAUUGCAAGUAAUUAUGUAGGCAUGAAUCAACACCAACAAGCUCUCCAGUAUUAUACAAAAGCCAUCAAAUUCAUUCACGAGAUGGAACAAGAGAACGGUCUUUCAACAGCAAUGCUGUUUGCAUACUAUCAAGCAUACAUGAAUCGAGGAUUUUUAUUGAUGCAAUAUUUCAAGAAAUAUGAUUUGGCAUUGAAAGACUUCAUGAAAGCAUUUGAUAUUGCGGACUCGUCGAGGGCUGAUGACAAGACACCUCAAUGGGAAACACAAAAAUACCAAAUCUAUGUUGCCCAUAGUGAGUUGGCCAUGUUACACGUGAAUAUGAAUGAAAUUGAUAAGGCAUGUGAGCACGUGCUUAGGGCAGAGAUUGCACUUCUUGAAAUUUGUGAAAGUAGAGCUACUACUAUCACUGAUAGUCCUGUUAAUGAUAUGACACAUGAAUCCAACACAGAAAACAAAAACUCCCAACAGGUCGAGAAGGUUGAAACUCCAUUUCCGUUUAACUUGUUCCUAUGUGGAAACAGUCUUAAACAAUUUGCAUUGAAUAUUGCGCAAACAUAUCCGAAUUGUCUCUGGAUAGGAAAUGCAUUAUAUUCGCUGGAUGUAUUAUGUGUUCUUGAGGGAGACUAUGAAAACGCUCUCAAGCUGUUAAACAUAUAUAUUGACGAGCAACAUUUGCAAGAACAUUUGGAAAUCAUUUAUGCCAAUCGAGCAGAUGUAAAAAUUAAAUUGGGAAAAUAUCAUGAAGCCAUUCAAGAUUGUAAUUCAUCUUUGGAAUUGGAUCCAAACUAUUAUGCUGCUUUUUUCAACAGAGGAGAAGCUUAUUUUCACUUACAAGAAUUGGAUAAGGCAAAACAUGAUUUUGAUCUUGCCCUUGAGAAGGCUCCUUUUUUAAAAAAAGAGUUGUUGAAUCUCUGGCCCACUUUUGAUGAAUACCAAUUGAGUAAUACACAAAACGAUUGA